AUGAAGCGGCGCCAGGCAUCCCACCUGGGCGAGCCUGUGACCCCAGAUCUACUGAUGACCCCUAGUGAUCAGGGUGAUGGAGACUUGGAAGUAGACUUUACUGCAGAUCGCGGAAACUGGACAGGGAAGCUGGACUUCCUUCUCUCCUGCAUUGGCUACUGUGUGGGCCUGGGCAAUGUCUGGCGCUUCCCCUAUCGUGCUUACACCAACGGAGGAGGUGCCUUUCUUGUUCCCUACUUCAUCAUGCUGACCAUCUGUGGCAUCCCUCUCUUCUUCCUGGAGCUCUCCCUUGGCCAGUUCUCUAGCUUGGGCCCCCUUGCUGUCUGGAAGAUCAGUCCUCUCUUCAAAGGUGUUGGCGUGGCCAUGCUCAUCAUCGUCUCCCUGGUGGCCAUCUACUACAAUAUGAUCAUCGCCUACGUCUUGUUUUACCUCUUCGCCUCCCUAACCAGUGACCUACCCUGGCAACACUGUGGUAACUGGUGGAACACAGAGCUCUGCCUGGACCACCAUGCAAUGAGAGAAGCCAAUGCCACAACAGCCAUCAACCUCUCUAAUACCGUCAGCCCCAGUGAGGAGUACUGGAGGUCAGGCCAGAUGGCCAAAGGUAUCAAAAGAUUUUGUCGGGACAUUCAUAUGAUGCUGGGCUUCAAACCUGGCCUAUACUUUAAGGCCUGUUGGAUGUUUCUGUCUCCAGCAACCCUAAUGGCGCUGCUGGUUUACAGCAUUGUGAAAUACCAACCCUCAGAAUAUGGCACUUACCGGUUCCCAUACUGGGCAGAGCUCCUGGGCAUCCUGAUGGGCCUCCUGUCUUGUGCAGUGAUCCCUGCCUGCAUGUUACCUGCUGUGCUCAGGGAAGAGGGGACACUGUGGGAGAGGAUCCAGCAAGCCAGCCGUCCAGCCAUGGACUGGGGUCCUUCUCUGGAGGAGAACCGGACAGGGAUGUAUGUGGCCACCCUGGCGGGUAGCCAGUCGCCUAAGCCUCUGAUGGUCCACAUGAGGAAAUACGGUGGCAUCACCAGCUUCGAGAACACAGCCAUUGAGGUGGACCGGGAGAUCGAAGAAGAGGAGUCCAUGAUGUGA